UUUGGGCGAAGCACGCAGUAACCGGAAGUCAGUGGCGGAAGACGCGAGCGUGGGAACCUACUGCUGUAACGUGGAAGAUGAACGUCCCUAGUCUCCUCUUGGCGGGAGGGAGGUGGAGAUGUUGUCCAGUUCCAUUAGGGUCAUUCUUUUUCCAGGCCCUACAUAAUUCUUGCUGUCGGAAAAAAUCCACUGCACCAAAGAAAAUUAUUCCCUAUGUCGAUUUUUUUGAUGAAAAUACAAAGGAAUCUGAAAAGGCACUUGACAAGCUCUUCUCUUCAGAACAGCAGGCUUCCAUCUUGCACGUGUUGAACACAGCAUCUAAUAAAGAACUUGAAGCUUUCAGACUGCUUCGUGGAAGAAAAUCCAUCAAUAUUGUAGAGCACAGAGAAAAGUUUGGGCCAUUUCAGAACUUGGAGAGUUUAAUGCAUGUGCCCUUGUUCCAGUAUAAAACCACCGUUCAAGUUUGUAACUCCAUUCUUAAUCCACAGACUGGAGGGAAGAAAAAGUCACAGGAAAACCGGCUCUUGAGAAAGCUCAUCAAACCAGAAAUAGGAAGAGAGAGACUUCAGGCAGUUAAGAGUAUCGUAUCCAUUGUUUCUGGUACUCGAAGAAUUGCAUGGGCUCACCUGGAUCGUAAACUGGCAGUGCUGGACUGGCAGCAAAGUGAAUGUUGCCGAUUGGUGAAAGGAACGUACCUAUCAUCUGUUUAUUUAGAAGAGAUUUCUUCUGUCAUUUCAAAGAUGCCUAAAGCUGACCUCUAUGUUCUGGAAAAAACAGGACCGUCAUUUCAGAACUCAUCUCUGUUUCCUAUCCUGUUACAUUUUCAUAUCAUGGAAGCCAUGCUGUUUGCCUUACUGAAUAAAACGUUUGCCCAGGAUGGCCAUCACCAGGUGCUGAGCAUGAAUCGAAAUGCAGUGGGGAAGCACUUUGAACUGAUGAUUGGUGAUACACGGACUAGUGGGAAAGAGGUAGUGAAGCAGCUCCUCUCAGAGUCGGUGCUGAAAGAAGAGCCUCGGGUGUUCUUCCCACCGGAUAAGAUCAUCCGCUACAGACAGCUCUUUUCAUCUACUGAGCAAAAGAGAGUAGAAGAGUUGUAUGAUUCAUUACUACAAGCGAUAGCCUUCUAUGAAUUAGCAGUUUUUAAAACUGAAUCUUAAAAUUCUGAGGUUUGUAUGUUACAUUUUCAAAUAUAUUUAUUAGCUCCGCAGUUGUAAAGCCAACUGUUUGAACAUCCGUGUGAAUGGAGAAGAAAACUUAAGUUUGUGUAUUUAGUGUUGAAAGUCAGACUUUCGGCUUUUGAAUGGUUUACAUAAUAAUAAACCAAGGCUAAAUCAAUCAAUGAGAUUCUGUGCCUUUUAGGUUUAAGUGUUAAAAAAUAAGAUGCGGAGUUCCCGUUGUGGCACAGUGGUUAACGAAUUCAACUAGGAACCAUGAGGUUGUGGGUUUGAUCCCUGGCCUUGCUCAGUGGGUUAAGGAUCGGGCGUUGCCGUGAGCUGUGGUGUAGGUCGCAGACGUGGCUCGGAUCCCAUGUUGCUGUGGCUGUGGCGUAGGCUGGUGGCUACAGCUCCGAUUAGACCCCUAGCCUGGGACCCUCCAUAUGCCACAGGAGCAGCCCUAGAAAAGGCAAAAAAAAAAAAAAAAAAAGAUGCCCCCUAAAUCUCCGAAACAAACAGUUACCUUCCUUGAAAAGCAAAUGCCAUCUAUACUAGAAGAACUGCAUUAUAAUCAUGUUGUUAAAACAGGGAAUAAUGGAUUUUCUGGAUGGUGCUCAUCAUGGGAAUAAAACUAAGUAUUACCGUUUUAACACA